GCAAACCACUUGGGCGUCAUCAAACCUUCUCAAUCGAUAAUCAGGAGCGGCGCAGUUUUAAGCGGACCGCCCGUUUUGCGUGUCGCUCCAGAGACUUUUGGCGUGAGACGCGGACGGAGCUCCCGGCGGGGAAAAGAAAAGAAAACAACAGAAAAACUCCGCGCGGGCGUCAAAGUUGCGGGCGUGUAAUGGGUUAACGGCGAAAGGCCUCGCCUCACCUUUCCGCGCGCGUCACUCGGAUAUGUAAAGUGGCUCCACCAUCCACACACAGCGUGGAAAGCAGCGCCUCGGUCGCAUCAGCAUCACCACCAUCGCGUCCGCGCGCGCCCCGCCGCUCCAUCACCUCAGCCUCCGGGAGGACGGAACAAACACGGAACCAUGAAGGAUCGCAUGCAGGAACUUCGACAUGGGAAGGAGACGACAGAGGAAGAAGAUGAAGUCGCUGUGGGAAUGGACAAAGGCUUUAUGGAUGAAUUCUUUGAGCAGGUGGAAGAGAUCCGGAGUUUCAUCGAGUCUCUGGCAGAAAAAGUUGAAGAGGUGAAGAGGAAGCACAGUGCCAUCCUCGCCUCACCAAACCCAGAUGAAAAAACUAAGGCUGAUCUUGAGGAUCUCAUGGCAGAAAUCAAAAAGUUGGCCAACAAAGUGCGCUCUAAAUUAAAGAGUAUCCAACAAACCAUUGAACAAGAGGAGGGGCAGAAUCGGUCCUCGGCUGACCUGAGGAUACGCAAAACACAGCACUCCACUCUGUCCCGCAAAUUUGUGGAGGUGAUGUCAGAAUACAACACCACCCAGUCAGACUACAGGGAGCGCUGCAAGGGACGCAUUCAGAGGCAGCUGGAGAUCACUGGGAGAAACACAACAAAUGACGAGCUGGAGAGCAUGUUGGAGAGCGACAACCCAGCUAUCUUUACCUCGGGGAUUAUCAUGGACAACAUCACUCAGCAAGCAAUGAACGAGAUCGAGACGCGACACAAUGAGAUUAUCAAGCUGGAAAACAGCAUCAGAGAGCUCCACGACAUGUUUAUGGACAUGGCCAUGCUGGUGGAGAGCCAGGGCGAUCUGGUAAACUGCAUUGAGCGGUGUGUGGUGGAGGCCCAGGAUUAUGUGGAGGAGGCGAAAGACCGCAUCCCACAAUGCAAAAAAUUCAAAAAGACUAGCAAACGGGGGGAAAUGAUAGACCGCAUAGAGUACAAUGUGGAGCACUCAGUAGACUAUGUGGAGAGGGCAGUAUCAGACACUAAGAAGGCAGUUAAAUACCAGAGUAAAGCCCGGAGGAAGAAAAUUAUGAUCAUUAUAUGCUGUGUGGUUCUUGUAAUUGUCAUUGCUUCCAUAGUUGGGGGAACAGUGGCCUAAAUGUCAAGCGCAGACACAUGAAAACACACACAACACCAGUACACACGACAAGGCAAAAAGAAUACAUCUCAGUCUCCAACGAAUGCAAUCUAUUCCAAGUUUAGCACAAACCGCAUCCCAUAAUGAUGCGUCCUACACACCGUGUACAGGGCCAGGGUUGUUCUCGCAUGAGUUGCUACUUUGUAAAUGUGUGGUGCUGCAAACUGUUCUCUGAGUGUUGAGUGUUGUCAAAGAUAUGAUGUUUUCUUGAGCGAAAAAAAAACUACAAAAUAAUCUGUAAUGCCGCCGUAAAACAACUCGCAAAUAUGACACCAGAUUGGAUUUUCAAGUGUUUUUUUUUUCUUUUGUGUGUUGUACAGGCAAAGGUCACUAAUGGAAAGUGUUUUUCAUAACCUUAUCGGUAUAUUUAUUUAUUUAUUUGAACUUUUGUAGUCUUUUUACAUUUUACCUUGGGAAGUCUGCAUGUUUUUAUUCACUGUAACGUGGUGUUUUGUACUCUGUUGCCAAAUUUGCUUUGCCUAUCCCCCAAAAAUGAUGGAAGCCGUGCUGCUGCGCCACUUUUCAUUAAGCCUUAUCAGUUGAGCAGCAUUUUAGAGCCGUUUUUUCCCAGCGAGUGCAUGCACGUUUGUGAAGGAGUGUGUUCUGUAGCGGCGUGUCUGUGGAUCUUUGGAUGAGUCCUUGUUAACCACCCGUGUCUUUGUAUUGUAAACUGCCACAGAGCUCUUUAACACUGCCAGUGUGUUCCAGUCGGCCGUCAAACGGAGUCUAAUCUGGUUGGAAUCUAAAAACCCUAUCCUGGUUUUUUAAUGACCUUUAUGACCUUUAUGUUUCAAUAAAGUUUGCUCCUUGUCUGUUCUUAGAAUGAUUACUUAAGGUAAGUCAGAGUAGCCCUGUAAAAGGAUCAGCUUUUUGGGGAGACAUCCGAAGUGGACACACUUCAGCCCUGUUACCAUGUUGCCUACUCAACUUGUUGCCUUUGUGUUGUUCUGUGAUAACAGUUCUGUUUUAUUGGAUUUUUUUGUUUUCUUUUGUUUUAUUUUUAUUUUUCAAAGUAAAGUCUGUCUUAAAAAAAAAUCUGAGUUUGAGGUUUUAUUUUUAAAUUGUCCAUAAAGUUAAAAAAUGUGAACGGUGUAAUUAAACCAAUGACAUUUCAGCAGGUUAUGAAAAAACUGUUCAGGUGGAGAAAUUGUUCAAAUGCAGAUUUCAAGCAUUUGGAUUAAAUUGCUGUAAAAAAUUA